AGCGGCUCAAGCUGGGGCCGCCCCCGCGCCGGAGGCGCGUACGCUCCCCUUGCCCGCGGCGCGGCGCGGAGCCGCGCCCGCGCGUGGCACGCGGCGCGUCGGGCUGUGUCCCUGCCUGUACGCCUGCGGGGUGGGGGGGCGGGCGCGGCCGAUGCCGCAGUACCUGGCGCGCAGGCGGCAGUCGUGGAACGAAAGCCACCACGUCGUGCGCUCCAUGGGGAACCAUCUGGCGCCGAAGGGCCAGAGGACCUGACGUACUUCGACCACCUGCCUGCGCUGCGUCGGCGGCCCCACGACGUGCUCGCCGAGCUGGCCUCGCCGCGCCGCCCGCGGCCGAGAUCCCCGCGCCCCGCCAGGGCCGCCUCGGCCAGGAGGCGCCGCCGCGGCCCGACUCCGCCUCCGCCGCCUCCGCCGCCUCCGCUUCCCGCGCCGCCGCCGCACAGGCCGACGCCUGUGCCGCCAGCAUCUGCGACGACAGCGCCCGCGCCGCCGCCGAUGCCAGCGACCGUUUCCGUGGAUGACGUGGCAGCGACGACGGAGGCGCUGCCCGCGCCGCGGACGAACGUCUCCAGCGCGCCGCCGCAGCUCAACGCGUCGGGCGCCGCCGUGGCAGUCGCGGAGUGUGACCCAGACGCGUGCUACCUCGCAAGCGGGCGCAGCUUCGAGAAGGACGGCCUCCUCGCCCCGAGCAGCGAGCGGUCUCCCGAGCACUGCCAAGCGCGCUGCCAGAUCACCGAGGGCUGUGAGCACUUCAGCUUCGUCCUGGAACCGACCCACGUCCACGACUCCGCGGGCCUCUGCCUGCUCCACCCCGCCGGCGCCCCUGCCACGCCCUCCAGCCCAGCGUGCCUGGCCGGGCCGCGGCAGUGGCCGGAGUGUUGCGCGCAGCUGCCGAGGCUCGUCGAGCGGGUGGUCACUUUCGGCGCCCCAGCCAUCAGCUACCCCGCGGCCUCCAACCCUGGCGGUGGGUGCGUACCUGGUGUGCGCAUCUACUCGGAGAACAGGAGGCUCCCUGGGGGCGGCCGCGGCAUCCAGGAGGACGCGUCGGCCAUGUUCACCCGGUUCCCGCACGCCAAGACACCGGCUCUCGCCGUGAGGGGCCUCGGGGAGCCGUCCGAGUACAUGGAUUGCGUCGAGGGGCCCAGCGGCAGCGAAGUGCCGACGGAGCGCAUGCCCUUCUGGAAGCCGAUGACCUAUCACGACUGGCUUCUUCACGGGAUGGAGGGCGUCUAUGGGCAGCGCGUGGUGAACAUCACGGUCCCAGGGAUGUCGACCGAGGCCCUCCAGCGCCGGGUCGACCUCGUCGUGAGGCUAGGGGCGAUGGCCCCCGCGACGUACCUCGAGGACCUGGAGUUGAGUGUCGGGACGGUCAGGGACAUCCCUCCCUGGAGGCUGGUCGGGUUCUCCAUGGUCACGAGCCCGGGCGACCUGGACACCCAGCUGCUCAUCCAGAACGACGAGGGCAACUGCACGCUCAGCUUCCAGGAGGCCGACACGCCCGCGGACACGGCCCGGUUCUCCCUUGACCACGGCGGGAGUUACUGCGGCUUCCCGAACGUCCACAGCGGCGUGCGGGACGAGCUCCGGGCCAUCGCCAGCAGCCCGAAUUACACUUCGGGCAUCAAGUCCAAGCUGCCGAUGUGCCGAUCGCUGGGCUGCGUCGGCCACUCGCUGGGCGGCGCCUUGUGCGAGCUGUUCGUGAUGUGCGCGAACAGCGGUCGUGAGGGCAACCCGGACUACGACCUCCUAUCAUGGAAGCCUUUGCCCGUGUACCAGCUGCUGCCAGAGCUGCGGACCGACCGCCGGCCCACGACUUCCACCACCGUGCUCAGCGUCAGCAGGCUGUUCGCCGAUACGCAGUGUGCACCCAACGCCACCAAGUGGCUGAGUGCGUGGUCGCCAAGUCCAAGUCAAUGUGCAGCUGCUGUGCAGGAGGAUCCUAGCUGCAGCGGGGUGUACGUGAACUUUGUGGCGGACGCGCGCAACGACACCAGGACAUGCGGCUGUGUCCAGCGAGUCGGGACGAACUGCUUGCUGGAAGACAAUUUGGCGGUCAGCAGCAGGUUCCACGUCUACCACGUGCAGUCCACUGCGUUGCUGGUCGCUCUCCUGCACGAUGGAACUCAGUGCGGCAUGGCCAACGCCACCAAGUGGAUCGGCAAUCUCUCGGAGCCGGCGGCGUGCGCGGAGGCCGUCUGGGCGGAGCAGCUCUGCUCCAAGCGCUUCUUCCACGUGGACCACCUCACUGGCCUGUGCGGCUGCAUCAUGCCCGCCGGAGCCAACUGCCUGCCGCACGCCGCCCUCGUCGCGAACGCGUCGGUCGCGGUCUACCACGUGGAGGGCACGCCGGGCCUCUCCGACGACGACCUCCGGAACCUGACGGCGGCCCUGCUGGACUCGCCGGGCACCGCGCUGCAGGCCCUCGGCCGGCCGCCCUGGGCGUCCUCGGGCCUCUCGGUUGCCGGCGGCGCCGCCGGCGGCGGCGCCACCGGGCUGUGGCAGGCGCCCGCGGCGCUGCCGCGC